AGAAGGCUGAACUCAAGAACGAAAACCGCUCUGUCACGUGACCGGAGAGAAGCGACCUUUUUUUUUUCCUCCUUUCUCUUUCCACGUUGUUCACUUUUAAGAACAGUGAUAUGGAUGGACCCUGGAGUCCACAACAUCUCCAGAAGCGUCCUGAUCUUUAAGAUCUGAGAUUUUUUUUUUUUUUUCAUUCUUACUUUUUCAUCUGAUGGUGAUGGUGGUGUGCAGAAGACAAUGGCGUGGUUUCUGGAAGGAGUGUGCAUCUUACCAACUUUUCUGGUCCUUUGGUCCUCGUGCACUUUUGUAGUCAACUAUUUGAUUGCCAUCUUCAAAAGGGACGUCGAUGUGGUUUUCCCUUUCAUCAGUGAUACAGGAGCGACGCCUCCGGAGAGCUGCAUAUUCGGCCUCAUGGCAACAAUUUCGGCUUUCGCAGGGUUCACCACCAUGUUUGCCAGAUACAAGUUUGUGCAGAAUCUAAUUGAGAGAACAGGGGGCGUGUCUCCUCAUCUGAACAAGACGGCCCUAGUCAUCGCUGCUAUUUCUUGUAUAGGAAUGUGUUUUGUGGCAACAUUUCAGGAGACAGAAGUGAUGGUUGUCCAUGACUUGGGAGCUUUAACCUUCUUCAUUUUUGGAGUGGCUUACAUUAUACUCCAGACUGUAAUCUCAUACAAGGCUCAUCCGUACGGAUCUUCCAAGCGCAUGUGUCACAUUCGUGCUAUCUUCUCCGUCGUGGCUUGCCUGGCCGUCAUUCCGACUCUGGCUUGUGCAGCAUUUCUUCAGACAAACAAACUGCACUGGAACACAGAGGACAAGGGCUACACACUCCAUGCUGUGAGCUCCGUGAGCGAGUGGAUAGCUGCUUUCACAUUUGUCUUCUUCUUCUUCACAUAUAUACAGGAGUUCAAGAAGUUUACUUUGAAAGUCAGCAUCAACAUACAAGAGUUUACCUGACGACGACGUCACAGCCGUCUCUGUCAGACCUGUACGAGUUUUUUAGUUUUUUUUAAAGGAUCAAACUACCUGGCGAUUUGUAGAUUUUAUUUGUAUAUUUUGUUUUACACGUUAUUCAAUCACAAGAACGAUUUCAAUCUUGUUUCAAUGUACAAUCUUUUUUUAUCAUAAUUAUAAUAUAAUUACAUCUUUUGCACUUUAAUCCACCUUGCUGUAAUUCACUAGCACCAGUGAACUGGCAAUAAACUGAUACAGUUGCACAAUA